AUGGUCGUUGGUACAUCUGGUCUGGGACCGGGUCGGCAAAGCUUACGCCGAGCCUGCUUUCCGGAUAUGUCAACCGAUCUGAAGACAUCCAUGCAUGUGAAAGUUAGGGUUAGGGAGGGUAUUGGUCGUGACCAGUCUCCGAACGGAGGUCAAGGAACUGUGUGGGAAGCCAUUGCACAAGUGUUGGAAACGACUCUGGGAAUUGAGUCAGUGGAGGAGAGUGCGAGAGGCUUGAGCAGGGAAAUCGCUAUCAUGGAAUCCACCUUGUCAGGAAAGGUAGACUCACUUGAUUAUGAAGAUACUAUGAUACCCUUGGAGAAGGCGCUCGUUUGUCUUGUGGAAAGAAUCAUGACUCUUGAGACAAGAUUUCCUUUGGAGUCUCCGAAAGCUCACCAGGAACAUUCGUCCUCCCGUUUUCACAAAUUCAAUCAAGGUGAAGAGCUCGACAGCAUUCAAGGUCGAGUGGUAAAGUUAGAGUCAAUUCUUCAGACGAUGCGCGACUCUGGUUUUGGUGAAGGUGUGGAGCGCCCAUGUUCCAGAGAGGGAAGUUAA